AUGGCAUCCCCUUCGUCGUCAAAUGCUCUGGCAAAGCGACCAGACAGCAAGCUGAUGCCCCCUCCUCCCGCUCCGAAACGAAUCAAGCGCCCUGCGACCGUUCUGGACGAGGACAUUUACACGAGCGCGCUCUCCCACAUUAUCGCCCGUGAUUUCUUUCCAGGUCUGCUGGAGAUCCAGGCGAAGCAGGAAUAUCUCGAUGCAUUGGAUUCCAAGGACAAAGCAUGGAUCUCCAGUGCCAAGAAGCGACUGACGGAUGUGAUGCGAACUCCCACGCCGGGUUCGAACGCCAGGCGCAAGACGGAAACCGGGUCGGUGGCGGGUACACCUGUUCGUCAUUCGGCCGGCCGAUCCGAUGAGACGCCCCGUGGAUGGGGUGGGGAUACUCCCAUGUCGGUAGCAUCAACAGCGACGACGGCGACGACAGCGUCAACGGUCAAGGGCAAAGAAAUCCCCGACGUGUCCAACAUGGGCUUGACAGCCUUUCAGGCAAAGUACACCAGUGAAGACAACGAAUCGUUCAACAAAGUUCUGGACAAGCAAAAUACCAAGAAGCGUGAAAAAUACGCUUUUCUCUGGAAUAACAACAAGAUUCCAUCGGCGCGUCAAAUCGCUCAUCACAAGCAAGAGGUCAAACGUAUCACCGCACAAGGCGGCAAUCCUGAGACAAGCCUGACCAAGCGAAAAGAGACGGGAGAGACCGAUAUCAAGACCGAUCUUGACGCGCGGCCAGCCAGACCGGAUUCCUGGAAACACCGUCCGGACAAUGGUCUCAUGUUCCUCCCAUCUUCAAUCGAGGACACCCACGAGACCCUUCAACAACAGGCCGAGACCGCUUCUCGCGCCGGUCCUAAACGAACUCUGUAUCAAAACACACGACUCCUGGACCACGACGCUGCUGCCGCUGCCGAUGCAGCGUCCGCGGUCCCGCCCUCUCCCUCAUUAUCCGCCAUCAAAGAUGUCAUUGCAGGCCGUCCGCACCUGGGCGAAUCCGAAGCGUCUGCCAUACCGGGUGGCGAGACCCCUCGCGUCAAUGGCUAUGCAUUUGUUGACGAAGAUGAGCCCGAGCUGGGUUUUGGGACAUCGUCUGCCGAUGAUUACAAGGCGGACUGGCGACUUCUGGGGUCAUCCUCGGACACGACACCCAAUCCGUUUCAGAUUGGCGAGACUCGCAAGCGCGAGGCUCUUCACCAUCGCAUGGUCGAUCGUGUUUCGCGGACCAAGCGAGCUGCGAAGGCCGCUCAGACUUUGAAAACGCCCGUCACGGCCACGCCGCGGUUCGCCAGUAGCCCCCGAAUUGACUUUGGAUUACAACGCACACCGGGGGGAGCAGUCGCGGGAGGAAAGACAAAGAUGUUGACCCCGGCAGCGCAAAAGCUCUUGUCACAGGUUGGGAGUAGCACACCGCGAGGGUCUGGAUCAACCAGCAGGUCGGGGCUCGGGAAUAUCUGGACGCCCACACCGCGGCGAAAAUAG